CACCCUCAAAAUUAAAAAAAUCUCAUUAAAUACCAAAUAUCAAGUGAAUAUAAAUAUACAUACAAAAACAGAGAAGAACCCAAGUCUUAGAUAUGGAGAAUUGGUGGGUUAAAUUGUGUUUAGUGUCUUUGCUUAUUAUGUUUCCAGCCCUUAUUCAUGGUUGGGGAAAUGAUGGUCAUUAUACAGUUUGCCGGAUUGCUCAGGGUCGGUUGAGCAAAGAAGCUGAAAAUGGUGUGAAGGAAUUGGUAUCAGGAAGUGGAGAGAGUGAAUUGGGUUGGUUAUGUACAUGGGCAGAUCAUGUUAAGUUUAGGUAUCAUUGGUCUUCUGCUCUUCAUUUUAUUGACACUCCUGACUCUCUUUGUUCAUACGAUUACAACAGGGAUUGUAAGGAUGAAGAUGGUAGCAAAGGAAGGUGUGUUGCAGGGGCCAUUAACAACUACACUACUCAGCUUCUCACCUACAAUCACCACCACUCUCAAUCUCAAUAUAACCUCACAGAAGCUCUUCUAUUCCUUGCUCAUUUUAUCGGUGAUAUUCAUCAGCCUUUACAUGUGGGUUUUACCUCAGACAGAGGAGCCAAUACCAUUGAUGUUCAUUGGUACACAAGGAAACAAAAUCUUCACCAUAUUUGGGAUGCCAGCAUAAUUGAGACAGCAGAAGAGAAAUACUAUGACUCCAAUGUAGAAAGCCUAGUUAAAGCCAUUGAACAUAAUAUUACGACUGAAUGGGCUGAUGAGAUUAAGAGCUGGGAAACUUGCAAUUUGAAUAACACAGCAUGCCCAGACAUAUAUGCAUCUGAAGGGAUCAAGUAUGCUUGUGAUUGGGCAUAUAAAGAUGCAAAGGAGGGUUCUGUGUUAGAAGAUGAUUAUUUCCUGUCUCGAUUGCCAAUAGUCAACUUAAGGCUAGCAGAAGCUGGAGUACGAUUGGCUGCAACUCUCAACCGUAUUUUCGGUUAACAUCAGAUUAAUUAUUAUUAUUAUUAAGUGUUACAUUGCUAUGAUUUUAUAUAAUAUAAUUGACAUUAGAGUGUUCGUACGGAAUUUUAUUAAUUAAGAUGGGAUUUGGA